AUGGGCAUUGCGUCGUUUUAUCAUCGAUGCUUUACGCAGCUACCAUGGGUCACGCUUAUGGUGACGAACGGGACGCUUUUUGUCGCAGCUGAUGCACUUGCUCAGUCGUUCGAGUCUCGUAAAGAGGAUACAUCCACACCGACGGAUCUUGGGCAGCGUUGGGACUUGCAUCGGUCCGCACGGUUCCUUGCUUUCGGAACAGGCAUGGCACCGCUGCUUGCAGAGUGGAACAAGUUUAUUGAGCAUGGAUUUCCUAUCAAGAACAAGAGGGGCGCGGUGGUGGCCAGCGGCCUCGCUCGCCGCGUCCUCAUGGACCAGCUCGCGUUUGCUCCCUUUGGUCUGUUGCUGUUUGUGGGCAGCAUGGGCUUGAUGGAAGGCAGGCGUACACUGCCAGCGCUGGAGGAAAAGUUUCGCGAUGUUUAUUGGCCCGCUCUGAAGGCCAACUGGGCGAUCUGGCCGUUCUUGCAGCUGGUCAACUUUAGCGUCGUGCCGCUGGGGUACGUUUCGUCGCUUGUGUUUGUUUUUGCCGCUAACAACAGACUCCGAGUACCCUUCUCCGCCUCGUGCGGCGUCGCAUGGACACUAUACCUUUCGCUUUUAAAUCAGCGCGAUGUACCAGAGGGUGCAUAA